UUUGUUCGUAGCCGGCAAUAGGAUUUUUAACGAACUUUCUCUCUCCCUCCCUCUCUCUCUCUCUCUCUCUGAAACGUAUAUACAUGUCCUAGAUCCUAAUUUUGCCGCGUACUUGCCUGAUUUUCCAAUGAAUGGGUGGGAUAUUUAACAAGAAAAUCCUGUGCAUAUUCAACAAAGUACGUUCCAAAUCAAGAUCGAUUAUGGGAGAAAGAACCACGGAUCAAUUCUUCCCUUGACUAUCUCUAAUUCAAACGCCAUAACCCCCGCAAGGUUGCUAAUUUACCCGAGGAACAGCUUGAUAGAGAUUUGAAGAUGCUGCAAAAAAUGGGUCAGAUUGAGGAGGAGCUGAAAAUGACGAAGGAGCAAUUAGGUUUGGCUCACAAACAAAGAGAUCAAGCCCUUGAUGAGCUCAGAGAGAUGAAAAUGGUGGCUCAGGAGACCAAUAUGAAGCUCAGCAACGAUUUUUCCAUUCAUAAAGUGGCAGAGGAAUUAUUGAAUGCGAAAAUAGAAUUGAGUGCGAAAGAGAAGACCGUAAAGUCAUUGAAGUUUGAACUCGACAAGGCAAUGCUAUUUGAAACCAAAUUGUCAGAGAGGGAUGCGCUGUUUGAUGAGUUGAAGGAGGAAUUGAGUGAAUCAAAAGCCUCUGAGGCUCGCGCGAUGGGAUUGUUGUCCGAAGGUAGGAGAAGAAUUCAAGAACUUGAGGAUGAAGUGGAGAGAGGAAAGAUGUCCGAAGCAAAAAUGUUUGAAUCAGUUGUUUCCCAAACCAAACAGCUAGAGGAAACCAAGAUUGAGCUUGAGGAAUCCAAGAUUGAAGUCAUUUCUCUUCGCGAAAAGUUAGAGAAGUUUGAUUGCAGAAAUGGGAAUUUAGAUUACACAAAAGAAGCAUUUGAAAGUAUGAUAAUCGAGCUUCAAUUGGCAAAAGAUGGCGAGGAAGUUGCCUCGUUGAAAGCCAAGAGCUUGCUUGAGGAUGUGAACUCGCUUAAAAGUGAACUGAAUUUAGCUUUUGAAGCGGAGGAGAAAAGUAAGAAAGCCAUGGAUGAUCUAGCGUUAGCGCUAAAAGAAGUCGCGACAGAAGCCAGUUUGGCGAAGGAGAAACUCAUUUCCACUGAAUUGGAGCUAGACCAUGUAAAACAAGAGUCAGAACAAUUGAAGGAAAUGGUGAGGAGCACCGAGGACGCGUAUAUGAAGUCGUUAGAUGAAGCAAAGAAAGAAACCGAAAAGUACAAAAACACGAUUGAGAGACUUAGGUUAGAAGCAGAGGAGUCGCUCUUGGCGUGGAACGAUAAGGAAGUAGGGUUCGUCAAUUGCAUAAAAGGGGCCGAAGAUGAGAUGUAUCUUGUGCAACAAGAAAACAUGAGAUGUGUUGAGGCACUACAAGAAGCCGAGAAUACGGCUAAGGCAGCAAGGGACGAAAACUUCAAGUUGAGGGAUAUUCUCAAGCAAGCGAUCAACGAAGCCAAUGUUGCGAAAGAAGCUUCAGGGAUUGCUAGGGCUGAGAAUUCGCAACUCAAGGAUUCCAAUGCAGAAAAGGAAGUGGCUUUGGAAUUACUUACAAGGGAAAUUGAACGACUCAAGAUAAAUGAGGUUGCAUCUACUGAGAGCAUCAGAGAAUCGAAAUCGUUGCCUUCUCUGAAGGACUCAAAGACCGACCCUUCUAUGAAGGACUCAAAGACCGAUGAGAAGAACAAAGGAGGGAGAGCCAAGUCCAGGAAAGCGACUCUUAAGGAGCUUGAAAGCGGAAAGAAUUCGAACAAAGCUUUGAGUUUCGAUCUCAGUGAGAUGAAAGUUCACAACGAAAGCGAAGAGGUAAAUGGGAAGGUUGGGGAUCAAAAAAUGGGAAUUUCAGAAGAUUUGGAGGGUCUACAAGGGUCCCGUUUGGAAGAUGCAGAAAAUGAUAAGAGUUCAGUGAGAAAAAAGAGAGCAUUGUUGCAUAGGUUUGGGGAUCUCUUGAAGAAAAAGAGUGAAGCACAAAAAUGAGCCAUCCCUUGAAUAGGUCCUUUGUAUAAACUGUUGUUGAGUUUGUAUUACUCAUAUAGUAUUUGUUUGUAUUUUCGCCUUUGAAAUCGAAGUUUUCGUGUGUAUGAA